AUGUGCUUGAUACGGGAGAACAACGUUCGAGCUUGCUUGCCUUUGCAGUACACUCCUCAGGAAUAUGAGAAGCGGGACACAGAGAUGGUGGUGGCCUUGUCCGUGACCCUGGGGCUCUUUGUGGUCGAGUUGGCUGGCUUCCUCUCUGGCGUGUCCAUGUUCAACAACUUGCAAAGCCUCCUCUCCACCGGGGCGCAUGCGUCUGCAGCCAUCGCCUUGCUCUUCUUCCUCUUUGAACAGUGGGACGGCAGCCAGUACUGGUGGAUCUUUGCUUUCUGCAGCGCUUUACCCGCUGCAGUGGAGGUCCUCCUUUUCAUCUCGGUCUUCGGGCUGAAGAGGAAGCCCCUGUGAUGGACUCUGCCCAUGACCCGGAGUUUGUCCCCAGAAGAGGGGGGACAGAAAGAGAGGCACAUGGACCGAGGGUAUGAAGUGCUUGCCCUUUCCGGGGGCUCAACUCCGUGACCUCUGAGUUUGCUCUGCACCCAUCAGACCCUUUCCCAAGGUCUGCUGUGUUCUCCGUGCUCCCUCUGCUGGCAGCCCCCUGGUAUUGCAUCAUGUUGCACCACAAACCUGCGCUCAGGAGGCGAUGGAGAUGGUGUGGUUGGUGGGCCCUCGGUCAUCCUGGGAAGGCCCCACGUCACUUUUCUAUCCAAUUAACGAUUUGCAUUGCAUUGAACGAA